CUGAGUGUGUGCCGUGGGCCGGCCGCAGCUGCCGGCUUUGGCGGCAGUCGGCAGCGCGUCCCGUCCCAUCCCGUCCGGUCCCGGCGCGAGAUGAGCAGCCCCGAUGCGGGCUACGCCAGCAGCGACGACCAGGUGCAGGGGCGGUGCUCGCUGCCCAUCAUGAUGCCGGCCAUGUGCCCGUGGGCGGCAGAGGCGCUGAGUCCGCUGGGCGAGGCGAAGGCGAAGGGCGGUGCGGCGGCGUCGGGGCCGUCGGGCGGCCGGAGCAAGGGCGAGGCGCGGAUCCGGCGUCCCAUGAACGCCUUCAUGGUGUGGGCGAAGGACGAGCGCAAGCGGCUGGCGCAGCAAAACCCGGACCUGCACAACGCCGAGCUCAGCAAGAUGCUGGGUAAAUCGUGGAAGGCGCUGUCGCUGGCGGAGAAGCGUCCGUUCGUGGAGGAGGCGGAGCGGCUGCGGGUGCAGCACAUGCAGGACCACCCGAACUACAAGUACCGGCCGCGGCGGCGGAAGCAGGUGAAGCGCCUGAAGCGGGUGGAGAGCGGCUUCCUGCAGCACGGCCUGGCCGAGGCGGCGGCGGCGGCGGCGGGGCCCGGUCUGGGCAGCGAGGUGUCCGGCGGCGUCGGCGGCAGGAUGUGCGUGGAGGGCCUGGGACUGGCGUACGGCGAGCAGGGCUACGCGGCGGCGGCGGGCGCGGGCCACUACCGGGACUGUCCGCCGCUGGGCGCCGCGUUCGACGGCUACGGCCUGCCGACACCGGACCCGUCGCCGCUGGACGCGGCGGAGAGCGAGGCGUCCUUCUUCGCGGCGGGGCUGCAGGAGGAGUGCGCGCUGGUGCCCUACGGCUACGGCCCGCACCCGGCGGCCGCCGAGUACCCGGCGGCGGCGGCGGCGGCGUCCGAGAGCCCGUCGGGCGGGUCGCUGCGGCGGCACCUGCCGCCCGGAGAGGCGCUGGGCGCGGGCGGGUCGCUGCAGGGGCUGCUGGGCUGCCCGGCGCCGCUGCACGCCUACUACGGGCAGUGCCAGCCGCCGGGAGCGGGGCGCGGCCCGCUGCCGCCGCCGCCGGGGGCCGCGGGGCAGCCGUCGCCGCCGCCGGAGUCGGCGCCGUGCCGGGAGCAGCUGGAGCAGCUGCGGCCGGAGGAGCUGCUGGGCGAGGUGGACCGCACGGAGUUCGAACAGUACCUGCGCUUCGCCUGCAAACCCGAGCUGGGGCUGCCCUACGGCGGCCACGACGCGGCCGCGCUGUCGGCGCCUGAGGUGGCGGCUCCCAUCUCGUCGGCCGUGUCGGACGCCAGCAGCGCCGUCUACUACUGCGGCUACCCCGACUUGUGAGGGGCUCGCUGGGGCUCGGCAUGGACACUGGCAUGGAGGCGCCCGGCCCCCCUCCUAUUUAUGUAAUUUAUUUGAAUCUUCUUGGGACAGUUGUACGAACUAAGUCUGGGCGGACAUAAGCUGCCAUCCUGAUUAUCCUGCAGGCUAAUCGAACUGGUUUUCAGCUGGUGUUAAUGGAAUGUUUACAUCUUUUUUUUCCCCUUUCGUUCAUGCGCGUCAUUAUCCAUAUUUUUUGCAAAAUCAGCAGUCUUGCGUGUUUGCCCAGAACAUGUGUCUAGUUGUGUUUUUAACUAUAUCUGUUUUUUCAUUUCUGGAAAAUAAGUGAAUGUACAGUUGUUUCUGUCAUUCUUCUUGGUCAGGUGGCCCUUGCAAGAGAGUAAUUUGAAGUUAAAUCUGUAAUGCCUUAAGGCCAUGCUUUCCAUAGGCAGAUAGGAUGUGACUCUUUCACCAUGACAAUGUCUCUAAAAUAGUCUCCAGGACCUAAGAUGUUUUGUCCCAGGUGUGGCUGUAUUCUUAUCACAUAGUUUAAUGGUCAGAUCUCUGCUGCUCGUCUGUCUCUUGGAGUCAGAACAUGUGGUUGGACUUGUGUGCAUUUUAUAGUUUUUUUCCUUCUGAUUUGUGUGCCAACUGAAUUUGCAUUAAUGCAUUGGGAAAAAAGCUCCAGUCUGCAACAAAGGAAGCUAGGUAAAUUUCAGACGCUAAUUUUAUAGAGUUCCUGGAAUUACAUUGGUUUUGGAAAGUUGCAGAUGAGAAGGCGACUUUGCUGUACAUAGUGAUUUUUGUUUGAACCAGAGGAUUCACAUACAGGAUGAAAGCUUCAUGUAGAAGUUACAUGACUUCUGCCACCUACCUUCAAGUCUGUUCAUGUCAUUUAGUGCCAUGGGGUUCAUGCUUAGUUUGUACCAAUGAGGAGAAAAAACAGUGCAGCUCAAGUGCUCAUUUUGUCUACUGUCAAGUGUCACCUGACCAUUAAAAUGUUUUUUUUUAGCAUCUUCA